CAUAAAACAUCAAAGAAGAAGAAGAAGAAGAAUAGAUGCAGGAGCUGGAAGCUUUUUUCUUUUGGGUUAUUGCGUAUUGCGUUAUUGUAUCAUAAUAGUAGAUAGAACACAAUACAAAAUAACGUAGCUCUGUUAGUAAACUACGGGGAUUUCAAUUAAAGCCAGCUUAAAACAGAACCCGUGUUGUAUUGGUGAUAGUUAAGGCUGCAGCGCGAUGGCGAACCGUAACCUACAGCAGGUGAAUCCUCCGAGCAGCGCUGCGUCUCCCGCGCCGCAGGACUCUCCCGCGGACCCCAGCGAGGCCACGGACGCUCCUCCGCCGCGGGACCCGAGUCCUGACCGCACCGAGCCCCACGAGAUGACCGUCAACCUGAAGAACUUUCGGAGACCCGGGGAGAAAACAUUCACCCAGCGAUGCAGACUCUUUGUGGGUAAUCUCCCGUCGGAUAUGACGGAGGACGAUUUCAAGAAGAUGUUUUCCAAAUAUGGCGAAGCGAAGGAGGUUUUCAUCAACCGAGAGCGAGGAUUCGGCUUCAUUCGGCUGGAAACAAGGACGCUUGCUGAGAUUGCUAAGGCUGAGUUGGACGGCACGAUGCUGGGGAACAGGCCCAUCCGUAUUCGUUUUGCCACACAUGGGGCCGCGCUAACAGUCCGAAACCUCUCUCCAGUGGUGUCCAAUGAGCUGCUGGAACAGGCCUUCUCCCAGUUCGGCCCAGUUGAGCGGGCAGUUGUGGUGGUUGAUGACCGAGGCCGACCCACAGGAAAGGGGAUCGUGGAGUUUGCCAAUAAGCCUGCUGCCCGGAAAGCCUUGGACCGCUGUGCGGAUGGAGCCCUUCUGCUUACAAUGUCUCCUCGUCCAGUUAUUAUUGAGCCAACAGAACAGUUUGAUGAUGAAGAUGGGCUACCAGAAAAGCUGUUGCAAAAAUCAGCACAGUAUCAUAAAGAAAGGGAGCAGCAGCCACGCUUCGCUCAGCCAGGAACCUUUGAGUUUGAGUACUCCUCGCGCUGGAAGGCUUUGGAUGAGAUGGAGAAACAGCAGAGGGAACAAGUGGAACGCAACAUACAAGAGGCAAAGGAGAAAUUGGAGGCAGAAAUGGAGGCGGCCAAACAUGAGCAUCAACUCAUGAUGAUGAGACAAGAUCUCAUGAGACGUCAAGAGGAGCUGCGGCGCUUAGAGGAGCUCAGGAAUCAGGAGCUGCAGAAACGCAAGCAGAUUGAGAUGAGGCAUGAGGAAGAGAGACGUAGACGUGAGGAGGAUAUGAUGCGUCAUAGAGAGCAGCUUGAUGUGAGACGCCAACCAGAUGGAUUCAAGCCCACGUUCAUGGAGAGUAGAGAACAGGAUAUGAGAAUGAAUGAAAUGGGAACCCGUGGAGCCAUUAAUAUGGGAGAUUCAUUUAACCCUGUAGCUGUGGUUAGCGGUAACCCUCCACAAAUGGGCUUAGCAGGCCGAGUCGGAGCCAUGGGGCCUGAUGGAUCAUCAAAUAUGGGGACUCCCCUAAUUCCAGAUAAUGGAGUGAUGCAUAAUGAUCGAUUUUCUGAAGGAUCGCCUCUUCAGAUGGGUUCCUCUGUGGCUGGGCGAUCUGGUGUUGACUCUCCUCAGCAGCAGCACUCACCCAUGGUGGCUGGCGCAGGUCCUGUUCCUGGUGUGGUUGGCCAGAGUGGCUUUGCGAGAGGAAGUCCAGUAGGGGGAAACUUUGAUGGGCCUAAUAACAAACGGCGUAGAUACUAAUAUUUCUUUUCUCUGGUAAUUGUGCUUACACAUGUUCAGAUUGAAGCAGCUUGACUCAUGAUUACUGAUAUAUUCUCUUUCUCAUUGCUUUUUUCUUAAGCAGCAUUUAUGUCUAACAUGGACAGAAAUUGCAUGAGUCUGGCCCUGUGUUAAUGUGAAACACUGUCAUAAAUUAUUAAAUGUCAUAGAAUCAGCUUGUACGUAACAAAAUAUCCUAAGCCAUUUAUAGAUCACUUACUACUACUGUAGUUAUGUUACCUUUUUUAGUUCAGUACUUGAAAUUAAGCCAUGUUUUUUUUAAAGAAUGUUCAGAAGUUUUCUGCUUUCUGUUUUAGAAUGUCAGUCCUUUGAAUAAAAAUGUUUUAAGAAAACUG